AUGGAGCUGGCCGUGACGAACGCGACGGCGUCGCCGCCGUUACCCGCGUCGACGGCGUUCCCGGGCCGUGUGCCGAGUACCGGAUUGCAGAUUGGCGUCACCAGCCUGUACGCUUUUGGCAUAUUCGGCAACCUGCUUGCGCUGUUCAUAUUGCACCGGACCAGGUCAAGCAGCAACCAGAAGCACGGGUUCAUGUUGCGGUGCCUGGCCACCAACGAUUGCAUCGCCCUCACCGGCAUGCUGGUCCAGAUGUUCGUGAGUGUCUGCUGGCCGGGCACCAGGAACAACGUGUGGUCGUGCAGGAUCCGCGUCCUGUGGCGGUUCUUCGGACUGGGUUCCGGGUGCGUGGCCAUCGUGAUGGCCGUCGAACGCUGGCUGGCGCUCACCAAACCGUUUUUUUACCAAAAGGUGCGUACCCAUAAUAUAAUAACGUUGGAUACACCUGUUGCUGCAGCUGCCGCACGCGUGUAUACCGUACACCCGGUUAUAGGUGAAAACAACCCCUGCAUUUCGUCCCCACCGCACCAGACCCACAUACGCUUCACCCGAGCAAGCCUAUAG